GAAGCUUCCUAAAUCUACUUGCUGACCUUUCCGCCGUGUAUGCCACAUGCCUUGGAGGAAGAGGUUGGAAUCACAGAGUACCUCUCACCAGAAGUGCAAGGAUUCUCAGGCAACUUCAAAGAGCGAUGGCAGGACUUCCACGUCUAUGAAGUUGACCAGGGAGGCGUUGAGCUGCACCUUAGCGAGCUCAUCACUCCCGGUGCUGUAGCUGCCGAGCUCAAGAAGAACGCGGAGGAGCGCAGAGAAGCUCGCAGUGCUCUAGGAGCCUCCUUCACCUUCGAGCCAGACGCUGCAGCUGAGUUAGAUGCAGCACUUGGCCAGGGCAAUGCCCAAGAACUGCAAAGCUUCCUGCAGAAGCAAACGGUGGCUGAGGCAAGUUCAGACGCCGGUGAGGGAGCUGCUGAAGCACCUGCAUUUGUGGACUUCAGCUCAGCAGAAAUUGAUGGCAAGGAGGCCAGAAAGAAAGCUCAUGCAGCAAUUCUGAAGCACUUCGGAAGCUUCCUCAACACAGAGACGGUUGAGCUACCAGAGGGCGCUCGGAUGCUUCGAAUUUGGAUGCGUGAGGCUGAAAGGAAGGCAAAGGCUCCUACCCCUGGCAGUCAGGCGCAGACCAGCGGCGGGAAGGGCAAAGGCAAGGGCAAAGCCAAGAGCAAAGCCAAGGGCAAAGGCGGCAAAGGCAAAGGCAAGGAUAAGCAACAAGAUGGACAAGAAAAGGUUGAAAGUGCCUUUGGCACUUUGCGACGGGAGGGCUGGCCAAAGGACCGCCCGGACUACUUGUAUUUCCGCUUGUACAAAGAGAACUGCAACACGGGGGAGGCAGUGUCCAGCAUUGCCCGCUGCGUGGGUAGAUCCGUCAAGCAGUUUAGUUUUGCAGGGACCAAGGACAAGCGCGCGGUGACAGUGCAGGCCAUUUGCGCACAUCGCUUGCCCGCAGACCAACUGAGACGUACGGUGCUCCACCGGUUGUGGGACAAGCGGCUGCGCAUCUCCGAUCUGGAAUAUCGUGGCGAACGACUUCGGCUAGGGCAGCUCCGUGGAAACCGCUUCAAGGUGGUCCUUCGAAACAUUCCCCCGCAGGCAGACACGGAUGCCAGUGCAGCUUGCGUUCCUGAAGAUGGGCCAGAGCACUGCACCUUGGGCCAAGCCUUCAGUGCUGUGAAAGGCGGCUUUCUCAACUACUUUGGGCUUCAGCGUUUUGGCACUCGCGAGGUGAAGACUCACCAAGUUGGAGCUGCAAUCAUCGCUGGUAAAUGGGAAGAGGCCGUCAACUUGAUCCUGGGUGUUUAUGAGGGCAAAGCCAAGCGGGCAGCUCAGGAAUCAGGCGGUGAUCGCCCAUCCAAGCUACGACGCACAGAUGCAGGAUGUGUGGAUGCAGGGCAGGAAGCAACACACGGCAAAGUCCAACAAUCAACAACUGAUGCGCUGACGAUUUUUCUCGAGACAGGCGAUGCGCAGAAGGCAUUGGACGUGAUGCCUCGCAGCCAACACCUGGAGAGAUGUCUCUUGGGAGCCCGGGCGCGUGGCUUGCCCUUUGCUGAGGCAUUGCGACAGCUCCCGCACCAGGCAGUGUCGCUAUAUGCGCACGCAGCCCAAAGCUUCAUAUGGAACUCUGUGCUGUCCAGAAGGAUCCGAGAAUUUGGCCGACAUCCAGUGGUAGGCGACUUGGUUUUCGCCUCACCAAAUGCUGAGGCCUUUGAUGGAGACACCUGCGAGAUCUCGGAUGUGAUGGUCAAGGACUCCAGCAAUGCUCCGGAUGAGGAUGCGGACCUGUCAGAGGAAGAUGUGCGGAAGCUUCCAGCAGUGCGUGCUUUGCAGAAUGAAGAAGAAGCAGCAGCUGUGACCUUGGCCGAUGUUGUGCUUCCUCUUCCAGGCUCCGAGGUGGUGUUCCCGUCCAAUUUGACUGGAGUGUACGAGGAGCUGUCGCAGCGAUUGCUCGGCUUAUCGAUCUCCGACUUUUCGAACUGCUCCAUCGUGCAGUGCGCGACGAGUGAAUCAAAUUGCACGAUCAAAUCGCGAGAUCGAAAUGUCCAUGCAAUGUCCAUGCAAUGUCCGCAUGUCCAUUUGCUUUCAAUUUGGUUCCAGGUUGUCAGGCUCGUAUAGGGCCUUGGCCGUGAGUGAGGGCCCCAGAGCCAUGAGAGUCAUUCCCAUGCGGUCCUUUCCGAGGCCCAAAGGACUUGACGUGGCGAGCAGUUCCUUCGGACCGGGGGCCGCCUUCGGGCGUGUGUUGGACAAAUUGAAACGGGGCGCUGCGUGACUCUGACCUGACAUUGCCUGACACUUGCAGGAAAGUCGCUCUUCUAGUUCAGCCGUGCCCUUGAGCAACCAAUGCUGCCUUCCUUGUGUAUGUUCAUAGAGGCAUUCAAACGUAGAAAGACUUCUCAGGCUUACGUUUACCUAGCAAGACGUUGUCUCUCUGCAUGAUUACUUGGCUUGAGUCACAACAGGAAGAAGGUCCGCCGCACUUGCUCUGGAGUUGUAGUUGAAAUCCUGUAG